GAACACGAUGUAAACUGAUGUAAACUGUUUCAUCUGUUCUUCCUACUUGUCAGUUUUAAUCAGAAAUUAGUAAGUAGAGCUUAUAUGCAAUGAACUUGAAGAAUGCUAAUGGGAUGCCUGCAUCAUGUUGUACUCAGAGUACUUAUGCCAGAAUAGGAAAGCCUUUAAUGCUGUAAUUCUCUGAGGCAAGAAAGAGGCUUUCUGAAGAGUUACUUUAAAUUUAAACUCUCAUUCUAAUGUUAGACAGCCUGUUGGAUCUCUGAGUUAAAAAUUGCUUCAGCUUUAGUUACUAGAGCCAGAUGUAACAUUGACCUUAAAUGGUAAAAGCUCCCAAGAGUGAAAGAGAGGCUGGCCUGAAGGGAAAAAGAGGAAUAACUGAAGUUUUAGCCUGCAGAUCACGAGGCCUCAGCACUAACGCCUUCAGGCUAACUGGAACCAAAUAUUCUCAGCAGUGCAUUUUCCUGUUAGUCCACCUUGCAGUUCCACGUGCUUCACACUGCCCACCAUGCCAACCUUACCUGAAGACAAGGGACAAUCAGAAGAGGCACAACACAACAUUUCUCCUCCAGCCAAAGACACUAUUGUUGAAGGGACAGUGUGCAGUACACCUUCUAUUGUUCUUCCAGAGAAUGCUGUAGCACCAGACAUGGAAAUUGAUAAAAAUCUGGUUAACAGGUCUCGUAGUCCUCAUAGGAGACAUUCUAACCGUGCCACUAGGAAUGCAACAAGUUCAUUGACUUCUGUUGACAACAGCGGUCAUGUGAUUGACCUGGUAAAUGAUCAGUUACCUGAUGUAAAAAUAUCAGAGGAAGACAAAAAGAAGAACCUUGAAUUACUAGAAGAAGCAAAGAAAGUGAGUGAGAGGUUUCUCAUGCGCAGAGGCAGAAAGUCAAGAAGCAGCCUUCCUGAGUCACCCACAGCAGUUUCCCCUACACUUAGUCCUAAAGUUUCACCAGUAGCAUCUCGGAGCAACUCUCUCACUCUUCCAGUUCCAUCAGGGUCUGAUGGAUGCACAACCACUAGUGUCGAGUCAGUAUGUCCAGGGCAGAAUAACAGAACUGUGAAAGAGGAUGACAGGCAAACGGUAGAGAACGCUGCAAAAGGACUAGUUGAUCGAAGGCAGAAUGAUCAAAGAAAGAUUUCUCAGGGAAGGUUGGUUCCUCGUUCUGCUGGUUUUGAAAACUCCAAAGAGAAGCUCUCAGAACAAAAAGAAAACUUCGAUCCACGUAAACACAUGGAUACUUUACCUAAAUGCUCCCCUUCAUGUGGUGAUGGUGGCAGAAUGUCUCUUAAUGCUUACAUGAAUGUUUGUGAAAAUGAACUUGGAAAAUCGUUCCUCAAGAAAUCAAAAGAAAAUGAUGUUCCUCUAAGAACCCAUCUACCAACAUCAGGAAAUAUAGACUCAAAGCUCAAAAUUCCUGUUCAAGAAAUGAGGGACCAUAAAGUUUCAUUUAAACCAGAAUUUAAACUGUGUGGACCUCGUCCUCCUCUACUACGGGCUGUAUCAUGGGAUAGCUUGGAGCCUGGACAGAAAGAUAAAACACCUUUAAAAUUACCAUCUGAGGAAGAUAAAAGCUUUGUUGUUGGUAACAAAUCCAGCAAUCAGUUAAAAGCAUUCAAAGACCUUCAAAUCCAAGUUCAACCAGUUCGAAUGCAGAAAUUGACAAAGCUCAGAGAGGAGCAUAUUUUGAUGAGAAAUCAAAAUUUAGUUGGACUCAAACUCCCUGAACUUAGCGAAGCCGCUGAACAAGAGAAAGGCCCUUCACCUCUUCCUUCCCCCACUGAAGAGGAAGAGACAAAGAAUAGCUCUGAUGUCAUGCCCAGCAUUCCUGAUGUAUUGCUGCGAAAACUACGAGUGCACAAAUCACUUCCGGCAAGCUCUCCUCCACUUACUGAAAAAGAAGUUGAGAAUGUAUUUGUACAACUUUCCUUGGCCUUUAGAAAUGAUAGUUAUACCUUGGAAUCUAGAAUUAACCAAGCAGAGCGAGAGAGAAAUCUUACUGAAGAGAAUGCUGAGAAGGAACUGGAAAGCUUUAAAGCAGCUAUUACGUCUUCAGCUCACUUAUGGCAUCAUUAUGAGCACAGAGAAGCUUACCAGAAGCUGUUGGAGGAUAUUGCUGUUCUGCGGCGUUUAGCUGCUAGACUAUCUAGUCGUGCUGAGAUGGUUGGAGCUGUUCGCCAGGAAAAGCGUAUGUCAAAGGCAACAGAAGUAAUGAUGCAGUAUGUGGAAAAUUUGAAAAGAACAUAUGAAAAGGAUCAUGCUGAACUAAUGGAGUUCAAGAAACUUGCCAAUCAGAAUUCUAGCAGAAGCUAUGGGGCAUCUGAAGACGGAGUACCUCGUUCAACUAGAUCCAUGUCUCUUACUGUUGGAAAGAAUAUGCCUCGGAGGAGAGUCAGUGUUGCUGUUGUUCCUAAAUUUAACUCCUUAAACAUUCCUGGUCAGUCACCGACAGCUUUACCUAUACCUUCAGUGCCAUCCCAGUCUGAAUCACCUAGUAAUGGAAGAAGCAAUCUAACAUCUACUCCUGUUCUGCCAGCACUUUUAGAAAAUGGAAAGAGUAAUGGAGAGCCUGACUGUGAAACUGCUACUUCUGUGCUGCCACACGGUGGGUUGGAAGAGGUCAAUCCUGAAACUAAAGCCAAGAUAGAAGAGGAAGCAUAUAACAAAGGUUAUCGGGAGGGCUUGAAGAAAACCAAAGAACUUCAGGAACUGAAGGAAGAAGAUGAAGAGACACUAAAAGAAAGUCCUGAUGAACAUGAAGAAAGUGAAAAUGAACAUGAGAUAAAAACCCUGAAAAGCAGCAGACUUGAAGUCAUCAUUAAUUAUUUACAUAUACUGUACCCCAAACUGUGUAAACACUGGAAUGUGGUAUGGCUGGUAGUGGCUGCAAUAAUAAUUUUUGCUGUGGUGUUGGGAAUCUACCAUUCAUUCAACUCCUGUGAUGAAAAAUCAGAGGGACCUGAAGGGAAGGCUAGCUGUUCUGCUGCCCAUCAACAUUCCUGGUGGAACUCAGGAUUUCAACAUGAGCAACACACUGAAUAAUAAAGGAACAAGCAUGUACUUAUGG